AUGGGUUUGACCUUUUACGAAAUCGACCCCAGUGGGGAUACGCUUCUCAUCCUCCAGAAUGCAAAUGCGCCAUUUGCAGUUCUUCCAUCAUCAGGACCACAAGCAAAACAGAAAGCAUCCGACUCAACUCCAGACGAUAAAACAGCAGGCAAGGCGCAGGAUUUAGACAACAAGCCGAAAGAAGAAGGCAGCAAGCCCAAAGAUGCAGACAGCAAACCGACAGUACAAAUGCGCCUCUCGUCGAAGCAUCUCACAUUAGCAUCCAAGUAUUUCCAGAAAUUGACCGCCAAUAAUUGGAAGGAGUCCAAGGAGGCCACGCCCGAGUUUAGCUAUUCGUAUGUCAUCAACGCCAAUGACUGGGACGAGAAGGCGCUGCUGCUUUUGAUGAACAUCAUCCAUGGGCGGACCUCAAAGGUUCCGCGAUAUAUUGACCUCGAGCUGCUUGCCAAGAUGGCCGUUUUGGUCGAUUACUACCAAUGCCACGAGGUUGUCGCCUUCUUCUCGCAGACGUGGUUGAGCUCCAUAUUUAUCGUUAUUCCGAGGAAGGGAGAAAGAGACUUUAUGCUCAGGCUUGUCGUAUGCUUGGUGUUUUCAGAGAUCUUUAACUUCCAGCUAUUGACAAAGACGAUUAUAUGGGGGGCCACUGGGCCUAUUGAUUCGCUUGGCCUACCAAUCAAACAAGAUAUCAUAGACGCGCUCAACGACUCACGAGAGUAUGCGAUUGAGACUGUUGUAGCUGAAUUUUUGAAAUUGAGGCAGCGCCUGUGCGAGGAUCAAAUGUGCUCGUUCGAAUGCUCCUCCAUACAUUUGGGCGCUCUCCUCAAGGCCAUGUCCAAGAUGGGCCUCAUGGAUCCGAUCCCAACCAGCCCGUACCCAGGCCACAGCCUGUUGGCCCUGGAACAAGCCAUCCGCGAAAUCAAGGAGCCAACGUGGGAAACGAACUGCCCGGAGAGUUCUGCUUCCCCAAAGGAAUCUGCGAAGACGUCUGAGAAACCUACACCGGGACAGUCCAGCAAUGAUUCUGAUGGCACGGCAUCCACAAGCACAAAGAACCCUUUCCCUCCUCACGCCGCCACCGCUCCAAGGUUUGGUUUCCCUACUACUUCAUCUGGAGGUCUGUUUGGCAAUACCACUUCCGCUCCGACUGGAAGUUCAAGUCCAUUUGGUAAUAAUGCCAAUGCCAAUGCCACCCCGACUGGGGGUUCAAGUUUAUUUGGCAACAGUACCAAUGCCACUCCCUCUGGAGGCUCAACUUUAUUCGGCAACAAGGCCACUCCUACUCCAACUGGUGGCCUCUUUGGCAACGCUACUACAGCUCCCUCUGGGGGUCUUUUCGGCAAUGCCACAACCGCUGCUUCUGGGGGAUUUGGCACAAAUGCUUCAUCGGGGAGUCUCUUUGGUAAACCUAUUUCAUCGUUUCCAUCGGGUGGUCUCUUUGGCAAACCCGCUUCGUCCGAUCCUGAAGACAAAACUAAAUCACCUCCUCCCCGCUGCAGUCUUGCUGCUAAAACGAGCCCAAUCAUUGAGGAGCUAUUUAAAACAUUCAAUGGUCUAGAUCUAUAUGACUAUGUCCAAAAAGAGUGA